UCUCAACUGGCAAAUCAGUUACAACAAUUCAUCCACGAUGAAAGACAGAGAUAGUGGAUAACUUCAUGGACCUCGUCGCUCUGAUUCUGGAGAUCUCAUCCAGUUCAAGUCCGAACGGUGAGAGUGAACAGUGAAGUGGGCUUGCGAGGAAACAGAGCAUGAAUAAUCUAUCACUCUGUUGCGCAACGGCCCCCACUCCUUCCCUUUUCCUCCGCAAUCUCAGCUCACAGAGCACCCUCCAUUUCUGCCCAUCUCCCUCCUUCAAUUUCAGAAACGCAGGGUUACUUGCCAUCUCAUCAAAAUCCCCACUUCAAAGUUUGCCUUCACGCCGAUGGCUUACCAGAGCCUGCUCCACCGCAACUUCCGAAAUCGAGAUGGUUAGGAAUAAGGAAGGUGUUUAUGCUCCCAAACAGAACAAAGUCGUAGUCUUGUGGGACCUUGAUAACAAACCCCCUCGCGGACCGCCUUAUCAGGCUGCCAUGGCACUCAAACAGAUGGCACAGCGCUUCGGUGACAUUGUCGACAUGUCUGCCUAUGCCAAUCGCCACGCAUUUAUCCACUUACCCCAGUGGGUUCUCCACGAACGCCGUGAACGAAAGCAAGUAGAAAUUCUGGAGCGUAAGGGAGUGGUCACGCCUUCUGAUCCGUACGUUUGUGGGGUUUGCGGCCGCAAGUGUAAAACUAAUUUGGACCUCAAGAAGCAUUUCAAGCAGCUCCAUCAGCGAGAGCGUCAGAAAAAGCUGAAUCGGAUGAGGUCACUUAAGGGGAAAAAGCGUCAGCGUUAUAAAGAGAGGUUCAUAUCUGGGAAUCACAAGUACAAUGAAGCAGCAAGGUCUCUGCUUACCCCUAAGGUGGGAUAUGGGCUCGCUUCCGAACUAAGGCGUGCCGGAGUAUUUGUGAAGACGGUGGAAGAUAAACCGCAAGCAGCUGAUUGGGCACUGAAGAGGCAGAUGCAACACUCAAUGAGCCGAGGGAUAGAUUGGUUGUUUUUGGUGUCCGACGAUUCAGAUUUUUCGGAGAUGUUGAGGAGGGCGAGAGAGGCAAAUUUGGGAACAGUAGUUGUGGGUGACUGGGACAGGGCAUUAGGGCGGCAUGCCGACUUAUGGGUUCCUUGGAUUGGAGUUGAGAAUGGAGACCUUGCAGAGAUAGACUUAGUGCCCAAGAACAAAAGACGACAGUCUUCUGCUGAAGAUGAUGGUUUCUUUUCAAUAUCGCAUGAUGAUGGAGAUACUUUAGUUACGAGCGAUUUGGAUGGAAUCGUAGACGAGCUUGUUGCAAUGAGAACCGAGUUUAAUGAUCUGAGAAAUGCAACAUUUUCGGACGAGGAUGAGGAACAAGGAUGGGUUUCUGAAGAACUUGAUGAAAAUUAUAUGUUAGUGAUUGAUGAGGAUGAGGAAACAGAAGAUGGGCUCUAUUGAAUUGAAAUAACAACUAUAAUUGGUUCGCGUAAAUAUUUUGCUGUGGUUGCACACACCUUUGAGGGCUGAUUCAUUCUCUUCGAUGGAACUUGAUUGCAUUCGGAACCAUUUACCGAGGCUGUUCAAGGAUUAAACAAUGGAACCAGUGGCACCAUAGAGGGUUCCAUCCUUAAAUGAACACGUCACAUUUUGCGUGUAUGUAGAGUGUCUGGCUUCGCAAAGUUAGGUUGCCUGUAUUUUUUGGUGUCUUUCAAUGUUGCCCACGAUUUUCUUCCUCAUCCUCUUGAGGGGGAGCUGCGUUAGGUUCAGUCGAUCAGGCUUGUGAUGGUAGUUCUUCAUUUUGAACCAUUCCAUUUUCCCAUGUAAAGUUUGUUGGUAGCCUGAAAUUAUUUCUGAAUAUAUGACAACCAAGACAGAAUCAUUGGAAUCUUGCACAUUGAUGUUUCACCUUUUUUAUGACUAUUGCAUCGCAAUUCUUCUCCUUAAA